UUUCAGACCCCAUCAGCUGUUCAGAAGAUAAAACAGCUUCUUAAGGAUAAACCUGAGCAUGUAAGUGUGAAAGUAGGUGUUCGUACAAGAGGAUGCAAUGGACUUUCUUACACAUUAGAAUAUACAAAAUCAAAAGGAGAAUCUGAUGAAGUAGUAGUUCAAGAUGGCGUUAGAGUGUUUAUUGAGAAGAAAGCACAGUUGACGCUUCUAGGAACUGAAAUGGACUAUGUAGAAAACAAACUGACCAGUGAAUUUGUCUUCAAUAAUCCAAAUAUCAAAGGAACAUGUGGCUGUGGGAAAGCUUUAACAUAUGAAAUCUCAGGACUAUUACUUUGUCUUUGAACACCACAAAACGCUUGCUGACUAUUUGACUUUCAAAAGCAUAUGUGUUUUCUUCAGGUUCCUAGGCUGUGUAAGGUGUGGAUGCCUUUAAGGAAAAUAAUGUUAAUUCAUUUUAAAAAUCUAAAUUGUGUGUUAAAUUCCACCACUGAUGUAUUUAUGCUGUAAUUUGUGAUGAAUUGGGAUCCAGAGUGUAAAAGAGUAAGUGCUGCAGCAUUUCUGUAUUUUCAUAUAUGAAAGAAAAUCUCACUGUUCUUUUCCUUUGUCAUUUUCUUUGUCCUCUCCCCUCAUACUUCCUAAUCCAAAACCCAUUAGCAAAAAUAUAUUGCCUAUGUAUUCUGCUUUGAUUUGAAAUGCCAUUUAUAUGUUUGUGUGUUUAUAGAUAUUUAUAUAUACAGACACACACUCAGCUCAGAAUUUGUUAUGAUUAUGUAGAUGUGUAUUGUAUUUUAUUAGGUUUCAGAUGCUUUUGUGUUUCUGUGUAUAGGUUUUCUAGUGGUUUAUUUUCCCACACAUCUAGGGAAGUCCAAAAAAGAAGUACAUGUGCUAUUUUGUUACCACUUCAAAAUGUGCUAACCCAAUCCAGUACUUUGCCUUGUUGAAGGCACAGUCCAUGAUGUAGUUCUAAAGUGGUUUUCAAGAACGGUAAGUUAAAAUAUAUUCAGACAUAGAUGUAUUAAAGCAGAAUACACAUGGGCCUUGUUUCUCAUAUUUCUGUUGUUUCUCUUCACCUUGCUUGACUUAAAUUGCAAAACUGCUUUCAAACUCCGAUUCCCAGUGUUCACAGAAUAUGUGUAUUCUUCUAUGCUAUCUGUGUACCAGAAGAUAUGAAGGUCUCUGAUGGAGGAAGGAAUCUUGGAAUUUUCAUUAGCUUUUUGUAGUCAUGUUUGUUACUAAUUUUGUUAAAGUUUGACUUUUAUUUAGCAACUGUGUAGGACCCAAG